AUGGCCGUGUUUCUCAAUCACGGCAUCCAACUCUCCAUCGACGGAAAAACCCUCUACGCCUCUUCUUCCAACUCGGUCUACAGCUGGGCAUACGACGCAGACGCCAUCCGCGUCAGCGACGAGAAAUCUCCCAAGACGCUCAUCAGCAACAUGACUAACGCGGGCGGCGGCCACUCCACCCGCACGCUCCUAAUCUCACGCAAACAGCCCGGAAUCCUGCUCGUCUCGCGCGGCAGCGGGAGCAACAUCGAUAACGGCGCCACCGACCAUUCCUCCGGCAUCUCACAGAUCCGAGCCUUCGACAUCUCCGAUCCCAACCUAGGAACACCCGGCGGCGGCGGCAAAGUAUACGACUACCCCAGCGAAGGCUGGACCAUCGGCUGGGGCUUGCGUAACUCGGUCGGAGUAGCCGAGGAGCCCAACACAGGCGGCAUCUACAGUGUCGAGAACAGCGCGGAUGGUAUUAAGCGCUUUGGCGUGGACAUCCACGAAGACAGUCCCGGAGAAGAAAUGAACUAUCAUGGUGUCCUCCGCUUCCCCUCUAAUCGAUCCUCUUCUUCCGGCCAAGGACAACAGCAAGGCGGAAACCACGGCUACCCCUACUGUCUCGCCCUCUACAACUCAUCUGCCACCCCUUCCUUCCCCUCAUUAGGAAAUCUCAAAACCGGCUCCCAAUUCACCCACGACUCGACGCCCUACUCUAUCCCCUUUUUGCCAUCAUCCGACUCCUCCUCCUCACAAGUAAAACCAAUCAACAUCACCACCUCCGACACCUCCUGCUCCUCCACCAACUUCAUCCCUCCCCGCCUCACCUUCCCCGCACACACCGCCCCUCUCGACAUCAAGUUCAGCAACGGCAAUGGCAAUCAAAGUCUAGGUCUAGCGUACAUUUCUUUCCACGGAAGCUGGGACCGCUCUACUCCCGCCGGGUACAAGUUAUCCGCUGUGCGGUUCGAUACAAGCAAAGGGGAACCGAUAGAGGCAAGCGAUAGCACGAACAGUCUUGUAGAUAUCAUGUGGAAUCGGGAUGUGAGCAAGUGUCCGGAGCAGUGUUUUAGGCCGGUGGGACUGGCAGUUGAUGAGCAAGAAAGGAUCUGGAUGACGGAUGACGAUAAGGGGGAUGUGUGGGUUUUGAAGCAGGUGGGGGAGGUUAAAGAUGAGGAAGGUGCUGAUGGGGGGAGUGGGAGUGGAAAUGUCAACGGGGAUAGCGAUAGUGCCGCUGCCCCAAUGCGUGCUAAGAGGAGUGGGAGUUGUGCAGAGUGGUUGGGUGUUGGGAUGUCGGCUAUGGCUGCGGUUGCUGGGAGUCUGUUGUUUGUUGUGUUGUGAGUAGGUUCUGGGUUCUGAGGUUUGGAGGAGGCAAAGUAUGUCUGCGAUGAUCAUCAGUUACAAAUGGAGGUAUUGCUCGAUUCUUUGUUACCUAUGCGCACUAAAACAAACUUGUGAGAAAGGAGAUGAUGAUAACCUCUAU